UUCAAAAAAGAUUGAGACUGAAGAGUGGAAAAAAGGUCGCCGAGUCAUUGAAUGGAGAUGUUUGAUAGAUUCGUUAAGUCAUUGUUUAGUGUGUAAGAUGGGACCAUUACAACUUACAUAUGAAAACAUUAAAGGUGAAAUAAAGAUGGGGUUGGGAGGGUAGUUGUAUAUUCAGUGCAGCAACUGCGGUCAGUUGAAUAACGUCCCAUACGGCAGUACAUACACCAAACCAUCAACAAGAGGGCAGAAAAUAUUCACAGUGAACACAAAGUUGGGUGCAGCAAUGAUUGACUCAAUUGGAGGGCCACAACGAGUCAACAAUUUCCUUACCACCCUAGUUCUCCCAUCAAUAUCACACAAAAAUCCGAAAUGCAUGGAGAGACGAGCUGGGAAUCUGAUUGAGACUUAUGCUGACAAAAGUAUGGCCAGUGCAACAGAAGCAUCUUUCGAUGCUGAAAUGAGUGACAUCUCAAACUUGGAAGAAAAGAAUACACCAUUCGUUCAGCAUGCAACUUUUGAUGAGGAGUUGGGUACUGCAGUUAUAGAUGGAGAAUUUCUUGGUGAUCCUGCAAUACUUAAGAAACGAGCUACUGUCUUUGAAGAGCAGACAGGAAGUUUUGAUUCAGGAAAUCAUAAUGAUUAUGAUGAUGAUUAUGAAGUAAAACAUCAAAUGUGCAUGAAUGUACAGGUAGGCCAGACUAAAUCCAAGAUGAGAGGGCAAGGAAUAGUUGUUCCUAAGAAGUUAAAGUUUAAACCUUUGACAAGAAAAGGAAUGUCUUUGUGUGCAGAUCAUGGCUGGCAAAAAAAGGGAUUUGAUAGUCUCACAGGUGAUCCAGAUGGCACGCGCCAGAACUUGGAAGCAUUAGUGCCACACCAGUUUGGGGACCAUACCAAGUGUGUUCCGAGAUUUUGUGGAUACAAGAGAAAGCCGGAUGAGACUUACUUGCAUAAGAGUUUACCUUUCAAGACAUCAUUAAGUGACCCAAUUUUGAAGGAAAAGCUUCAUAAAAUAUUUGAACCUGUGAUUGCCAAAGCUUCAUUGUACAGUGAUUUAGGCUCUAGCCAAGCAUGUGAACAUGCAAAUCGAGCAGUCAGUUUAUGA